AUGUUUAAAGAUCAAAGUUUAGGUAUUGCAGCAUCAGUUUUUUUAGCACUUUUUGUGUUAUACACCGUUAAUAGUGUUUUCAUUAUUAUGAAAAAUGGUUUGAAGUCCAGAUUUACUUCUUUAGGGGUUUAUGGAUUAAUCAGAAUUGGUGGUCAAAUCGCCGGUAUUGGUUUCGCUAUUAAUGGAUUUUCAAAUACUAGUUGGUUUAUUGCCUACAUUAUUUUAGGAGCUGAAGGGUUCAUUAUGUUGAUCGUCGGUAACUUAAUCUUUUUAAUUAACGAACACAACAAUGCUUGGGGAAGCAGUUAUUUGACUAAGAAAUUCAUUCGUGGUAUUAAAGGAAAAAUGGGUAUUGAUCGUCUUAUUCAUUUAUUGGUAAUUCCUGCAAAUGUUUGUAUCAUUUAUUCCGGUGUGCUCUUAUCAAAAGAUGAUCUUACUGCUGCAGAUGCUGCCAAAUCUAAGAGUUUAAGAACUGCCGGUGUUAUCAUUUUACUUGCUCAAAUUGUUUUAAUUUCAGCUUUCACUUUACAUACAUUCUUUGUUGCCAAACUUAGAAACCCUGUUAUGUAUUGUCUUUUAUUCAUAAUGCCAUUCAUUUUAAUGAGAGGUAUUUAUGGUAUCUUAGCUGUUUACGUCCCUUCGAUGAACUAUUUCAGUUAUGAAACUUAUUUGAAUGGUAAUAAAACUCUUGUUACAAUUUUCGAAUAUGUUUUAGGAACUACCAUGGAAUUCAUCACUGCUUUAACUUUAAUGAAUACUCAUUGGAUUAAGAGAUACACUGAUCCAAAAGUUUCAGCUAGCAAUUCUGAUGAAUCCCUCGAAAAGGAUGUUGUUUAA